CAGGCUAGCUCACACCUCAAAUUUGCGAAAAUGGCGUCUGGUGCACUUUUCGGAAAUGCAGCGAGUCGGGGAACUUCUAGCGGCCGAAAUCUGGUUGAAUUUCGAGCUGGAAAGAUGUAUAUGAAGGGGAAGAUGGUUCACCCUGAUAAGAGGAAGGGUCUGGUCUAUGUACAUCAGUCGGAUGACUCGUUGAUGCACUUCUGUUGGAAGGAUAGGACGUCCGGUGUCGUCGAAGAUGAUCUGAUCAUCUUUCCCGACGACAUCGAAUUCAAGCAUGUCCCAGCGUGCACCACUGGCCGAGUCUACAUCCUCAAGUUCAAGCUAUCCAGCAGGAAGUUCUUCUUUUGGGUGCAGGAACCCAAGUCCGAUAAAGAUGAAGAGAAUUGUCGCAAAGUGAACGAGUUCUUGAACAAUCCGCCAACACCUGGGUCCACCCGUGGUGGUGGUGGUGGUGGUGGCGGUGGUGGAGGCUCCGGAGGACUUGGUGGUCUGCCGCCAGAGCUCGCUGGUCUAAGUGGUGACAGCGAUCUCCAGGGAAUCCUUGGCAACAUGAGCCAACAACAGCUGAUGCAACUUCUUGGUGGGAUGGGGAUGGGAGGUCUGGGUGGCAUGUCCAAUCUGCUGGGUAGACCGGGCAGUGCCCAGUCUACUGACUCUGCUAGUGCCACACCUGUGCGUGUGCAAUCCUCUCCAGGCCCAAGGACAACCACAGCGGCUGGAAGUGGCACGAGCACGACUCCUGCAAGUACUACGAGCUCCUCUACCCCAACAACGACCACCCCUUCUGCUUCGACCGGUGCCACCCCAGCACCUCCAGCUCUUGGGAGGCAAAGCUCAAUUCAACUGACGGAUCUCCAGAACAUCUUGUCGAACCUCUCUGUUCCUGCGCAAAAAGACAACGUGGACUUGUCGCAUGCGAUGCCAGCGGAGGCAAUCAUUCCGCUCCUCUCGAACCCAGAGACUCAGCAGCGACUGAUCCAGUUUCUCCCGGAGGCGGAGACAUUGCCAAGAAACGAGACGGAGUUGAGAGCAACUAUACAGUCGCCACAGUUUCAACAGGCCUUGAGUACCUUCAGUUCAGCCCUCGCCUCGGGCCAGCUUGGACCACUGAUGCAGGAGUUUGGCCUUGGGGACGCUGUGGUGACUGCCGCUGUUGCUGGUGAUGUUCCAGGAUUCGUCAAGGCGUUGGAGGAGGAGGACAAGAAGAAAAAGGACUCUGCGGAGAAGAUGGAAGAAGGUGACAAGGAGUGAGAAGAGAUUCAAUCGUGAACAAAAGUUCAAUAUUUCCUGGAUUGGAACAUGAACUAUCAUUUAGAAAAUUUCCCCGGAUGCUUAACUUCUCUAGUAUAGAGUUCCUUGAUCAUCAGCAACUUCACAUUGAUUCUAAGAAACUCAAACUAAGUGCAGAUUUGCCAUUGAUAUAGUGAGCUAAAAAAUGCCAAAGAACUACUUCAUUCAUCAUUCAAUUAGUAAUUUGAGUCCAGAUCAAAAUGUAUGGUAUCUUCAAAGAAUUGAAUAGACAAUCCCAUCAUUUCAUUCACUGAAUAAAAUAAUGAGGAAAUGUUCUGCAAAUAA